AAGAUCUCGCCUGAUGUCAAACUUGCCACCAUCCGCCUGUACAAGCAGGGUAUCCUUCAUCUUCGUGAAAUCCUUGAGUGUGUUGGCUUCUCACGACACACAUUCUUCCACAUUCAAAAGCUCUACGAGUGCACUGGUAAUGUAGUCAAACCAAGGAGUGCAUUCACUGGGCAUCCGAGGAACCUGAAUCUUGAAGAUAUGGCUCAAUACAUGCCUGAUGAACUCUGUUUCAUCGAUGAGACCUCAGUAGAUGAACAUACCUCGUUCUGGAGAUAUGGCCAUGCAAAGAAAAGCCGAUGUGCCAGCAUGAGAGCCUUGUCCAUUGAUGGGGUCAUUGCUGGCCAUGUUAUAGAGGGAUCUUUAUGUUGGAAGGGUUACUUACACCUUCUAGAACAUUCAUUUCCCCAGUGUGAGGCAUAUCUUAGCAAACACAGUGUUCUUGUCAUGGAUAAUACUCGCAUCCAUCAUGGGGCCGAAAUUUGUGAGCUUGCAGAGAGAUUUGGUAAGUGUCAUUGUUGUGUCUAA